UUAUCUGAAGAAGAAGAAAUAGAAGCAAACCGGUUCGGCAUCGCUCGAAUAAUGUUGGAGAAGUUGGUUUGGAGGCAGCUCAAGACAUGACAAAGAGGAGGUUGCGAAGAUUGCUCUUUUGGCUUCAACCAGUUCAUCUUUCUUCUCUCUGUUCCCUAAAAAACCUACUGUUUGGUAUACGUAAUAUACACACAUAUAUUUAUAUUAUAUAAUAUAUAAUUGUUUUUAUUUGUAUUUUUUUUAAUUGAGAAUUGUGCUUAUUUGUAGGGUUGGAAAGAAGUACAAAUCAAGUACGUGCAGAAUCCCUGCGGCUGAAACAGGUCCCGGUUUAUAGAAUGAAAUGCAGUGAUUGGCAUCCCCUUGUGAGGUCUGACGUGGCAGAUAGGAGUGUUAAUUUAUUCUUUUUAAAUAAAGCUGAUGCUCAGUAUUUAGCUGCAGAUUACAGCACCUUAAAAAUCGCCAGGGAGCUAGGUGGCGUUCAACUCACUAAGGUUCCACUUGCCGAGAUUAUUGAACUUGAGGAAGUAGGGUUCAAUAGGCAGAUGUCAUCUAUUUGUAAUUGGUUGGUCGGAGAUUUUUUACCUAUGUUUGCGCCGUAGUCGGUUAAUAGGUUUGUGAGAGAUAAGGUUGCCGAUCCACGUGUUUAUAUUAGGUUGGUUCCUGAUAUGUCUGAAGUUAAAAACGCCCUUCAGGAAAGAAAGAAGGCUGGUUUUAGUAGUGAUACCUUUUCAGGGGUUCCCGUCUUCCAGUCAGAUGCUUUAAAAAUGAGAGUCGGUGGAAGCCCGAAUAGCCCUUCGCCUGCUUUCUUUAGAAAGGCCGACCUAGAAAAAGCUCUAUGUAACGAAAAACAAACGAAUAUAGAGACAGGGCUUAUACAGGUGACUGCUCUGGAAGAUAUAAUACAAGAAAUGAAGGAUUGCUCAUCGUCCAAGUGGAACAAUGUUAUCCUUGUGCCUCCCGGUGGAAAACUCUGAGAAAUUAUCACUUAUUUUUAUUUUAUAAUUCAAUACUGGAACAUAAUUGAAGGGUGAUUGUUAUAAUCAAAAUAAGAGGGGUUUUUUCGUAAUCUGACUGGACUUUAGCCUAAUAUAUAGUUAGAUAUUGAUUCUGCGCACUGCAAUUUGAUUCUUCUUGUGUUAAGAUAUUUACUGAUUAAAAAAGUAGUGUUUAAU